CCCACUCUGGGAGCUAGCCUGGAGUUGGACUGGUCCUCCUCAACCCCUAAUCUCUUUUGGACCCCACCCCAGUUGCCCUCUCUUCCCUGAGCACACACACACAGUCUCAUCAUCUUUGCCUGACCUCAUAAUCACUCAGAACACUGGGCCCCACCCAUGAUCCUGCUGGUUAACCUCACACCUCCACUGGCCAGACCACCUGUGCCCCUGACCAGUCCAUGGGAUACAUUCCAUUCCUCACCCCCUGCUAGUGUCCAGCAGACCUACAUCCUGUAUGAGACAGAAAAUCAGAGCAUGUUCAUUUACAUCAAGCAUGGGGAUAACCAGCAAUUUCUGGCCAACAUCAACUGCUCGGUCUUGCUGCUGCUACAAUAUCUUCACAACAAAAUGGGAAUGCGCAGUUCAGACCUCGUCGACCUUUGUGAUGAGGCUGGUACUCUGAAACUCCUGUUUCAGGUGAAGCUUCCUGGGGAGUCAGCUUCCAAGUUCCUCCAAGACAGAAACGUUUACUACAUUUGCAAGGUGCAGCGUGGACCCCGAGGGACUAGAAGUGAAAAUGCUUACAGGGCUAUUGUGCCCUUGCUGAAGGAGCCAGAGCAAGACCUACUGGAUACCCUUAAAGCACAGUGUGACGCUCUGGAAAAGAGUCGAAUACAGAAGCUCCGUGAUCAGGCCGCUAAGAAAAUCGUUCCUAAAAAAGUUCACAUAAUCGAGCCGAGCAAAACUACAGCACGAGCCCGAACACCAGCGAAAGUGGAACAAGAGACAGUCACUCAAAGAGGGGUUUCUUCACUUUCCAAGAAUAAACCUGAAACCACCGGCAAGAAACAUAAACACCGAUAAGUUAGUCAAUAAAGGGUGUAGUAGCAGCAGUGGUGCCUGAGCAGGCCUUCCUGGCUGGCUCAGUACUAGUUGGGGAGUUCCUGUGGAACAAGCCCUGGGGGCUUGCGGUGGGUUGCAG